AUGGGGAAUCCAGGCUGGUCCCCCCAUGGCAGCUCCCCAACUCUAAGCACUCUCACCCUCCUGCUGCUCCUCUGUGGACAUGCUCAUUCUCAAUGCAAGAUCCUCCGCUGCAAUGCUGAGUAUGUAUCAUCCACCCUGAGCCUUAGAGGUGGGGGUUCACCGGGAGCACUUCGAGGAGGAGGAGGAGCAGGAGCAGGGAGCCGGGGUGGCGCGGGCUCCGGCGGCCUCUGUCGAGCCCUCCGCUCCUACGCUCUCUGUACCCGGCGCACCGCCCGCACCUGCCGCGGGGACCUGGCCUUCCAUUCGGCGGUGCACGGCAUCGAAGACCUGAUGAUCCAGCACAACUGCUCCCGCCAGGGCCCCACGGCCCCUCCCCCGCCCCGCGGCCCCGCCCUUCCAGGCUCCGGCCCAGUCCGCUCCUCUGGCCCCCCAGCCCCGGACCCCUGUGACUAUGAGGGCCAGUUUUCCCGGCUGCACGGUCGUCCCCCAGGCUUCCUGCAUUGCGCCUCCUUUGGGGACCCCCACGUGCGCAGCUUCCACCACCUCUUUCACACGUGCCGUGUCCAAGGAGCUUGGCCCCUGCUGGAUAAUGACUUCCUUUUUGUCCAGGCGACCAGCUCCCCCGUGGCAUCGGGGGCCAACGCCACCGCUACCCGCAAGCUUACCAUUAUAUUUAAGAACAUGCAGGAAUGCAUUGAUCAGAAGGUCUACCAGGCUGAGGUGGACAAUCUUCCAGCAGCCUUCGAAGAUGGUUCUAUCAAUGGAGGUGACCGACCUGGGGGCUCUAGUUUGUCCAUUCGAACUGCUAAUCCUGGGAAUCACGUGGAGAUCCAAGCUGCCUAUAUCGGCACAACUAUAAUCAUUCGGCAGACAGCUGGGCAGCUCUCCUUCUCCAUCAAGGUAGCAGAGGAUGUGGCCAGGGCCUUCUCUGCUGAGCAGGACCUGCAGCUCUGUGUUGGGGGGUGUCCCCCAAGUCAGCGACUCUCUCGCUCAGAACGCAGUCGUCGUGGAGCUAUAACCAUUGAUACGGCCAAACAGCUGUGCAAGGAAGGGCUGCCUGUAGAAGAUGCUUACUUCCAUUCUUGUGUCUUUGAUGUUUUGAUCUCUGGUGACCCCAACUUCACAGUGGCAGCUCAGGCAGCUUUGGAGGAUGCCCGAGCUUUCCUGCCAGACUUAGAAAAGCUGCAUCUCUUCCCCUCAGACACCGGAGUUACUCUUUCCUCAGGAACCCUCCUGGCCCCACUAUCUGGGCUCCUUCUUCUGUGGCUUUGCAUUCAGUAA